UGAGCCGGGCAUCCGCCGAACAGGCAGCAGCAGCAGCAGCAGCAGUAGCAGAGACACUUGUAGAGCCUGCAGUCCGGGAUCCGCACGGACCCGACAGGAGCGCAGACAUGCAGGGGCACUGGGUUCUCUGAGCCCCAGCCGGGGCCAGCCCAAGCCAGCCGGACCUAAGUAAAUGAGUGCCCUGACCCUGAAGGCAAGACAACCUUACUCCAAUGAUACUCUCUAUGGAUUCUCCUCGGAGGAAAAAACGGCUGGAGUUUGAUGAUGAUGAUGACAAUGAUGACGACGCCGACUCAGUUCCAGAGCAGCCCGCCCCGAAGCGAUCCCAUCGAGAUCCUCAGCUUUGCCCAGCCCCCUGCCAGCAGCCACUUCUCAGGCCCCCCGAGCCCACCUCUGAUGCUCCUGCUGCCUUUUCCAGGCUGGGGCCCUACGUGCUCCUGGAGGCCCAGGAAGGUGGAAGGGCCUACCGGGCCAUGCACUGCCCCACAAACACAGAGUACAUGUGUAAGGUCUACCCUGCGGCUUCCUAUCGAGAGCUGCUGUCUCCCUACGCCCACCUGCCCCGCCACCCUCACGUGGCCCCCGUGGUGGAAGCGGUCCUGGGCCAGCAGCACGUCUACGUCUUCUUCCCCCGGGCCCACGGGGACAUGCACAGCUAUGUGAGAGAGCGGAGGCGGGUGCCCGAGCGGGAGGCGGCCUCGCUCUUCCUCCAGAUGGCCCAGGCCGUGGCCCAUUGCCACCAGCACAACCUGGUCUUGCGGGACCUCAAGCUCCGAAAGUUUGUCUUUGUCGACCGGGAGAGGACAAAGCUGGCUCUGGAGAACCUAGAAGACUCCUGUCUGCUGUCGGGGCCAGACGACUCUUUGUGGGAUAAGCACGGCUGUCCAGCCUAUGUGGGGCCUGAGAUCCUCACCUCCCGGGACUCGUACUCAGGCAAGGCGGCUGAUGUGUGGAGCCUGGGGGUGGCCCUGUACACCAUGCUGGCCGGCCGCUACCCCUUCCAGGACACGGCCCCUGCCUUGCUCUUUGGCAAGAUCCGCAGGGGUGCAUUUGCCCUCCCUGAGGGCCUCUCGACCCGCGCCCGAUGCCUUGUCCGCUGCCUGCUGCGACGGGAGCCCAGCGAGAGGCUCACCGCCCAGGGCAUUUUGCUGCACCCCUGGUUACAGGGAGGGGGAGACCUCUGUGAGGAGGCUGGCAUACGGGGGGCAGAGCAGGUGGUGCCAGACAGCCAAGACCCGGAGGAGGAGGUGAGGCAGGAGACUGAGGAGCUGCUGUAUAGUUAGGCUAGGGGGGCAUCUCCUCUGCCACUGACUGCAGGCAGGCCAAGCCUCCAGGAAUCGCUUCUCCUUCCUCUUUGAAUCAAGCCAAAUCCCACUCAGGUGCCUUAAUGGUAGGAAAGAAGAGAGGCUGCAAACAGCCGGCACACUCAGGCCUGCAUGCAUGGUGGUGCCCAUAUUGCCAUGCAGGCAUAGCCAGGGGUGUAAAAAACUGUCAUGCCCUUCCUUGCCUUGGCUGCCAGGAGGCCCCUUCAGGCCCCUUCCUCUCCCCCAUCCCCCCCAGGACUGGGCGAGCUGGGCCCUGAGCCAGCUGAUUAGAAGGCAAAAGACUGAUUUGUGGUAGGAAGACUGGAAAGCAAGGACUGUCGCUGGGCAGAUGGAAGGUGCAGGGAGGGGACGAGGGAAUCAUCUCAGGUAUCUAGAACUCCAAUAGAGGGGGAAUUCUAGGCCCAAGUGGCUGAUGGAGGUCCAGGGACUCUCAGGCUCCAAGAGAGGCCCUUGGCUUACUGACUCUGGGAACUGGGUCUUCCCUUCACAGUCCCCAAACACCAAUUCUACAUUCCUUCAGGCUGUUGGAGUCUGAGAACUAGGCCCUGUCCCCAGGGGCCUGCUCCCGGGCCUGGACACCUGCUUCCUCAGGUCCCUGGGGCCCUCCAGCUGACUCUAUGGGGCAAGGACACAAUAUGCGUCUAUUUUUGUCUUUUGACUAAUAAAGGCCAUUUUUAAAAUA